AUGGAGGGAGACGCCAUCAAGCUACCUGGGGCUGACGGCUUCCUGGCUGAGGGCGGCCCCGGCAACUGGAGUUUCAGCCCCCAGAGGCGCAAUCGGCUUGUGCAUCUGCUCAGGAGCAAGCGGUACACUAGGCGGGCGGAUACUCUGUCCACCAGGCUCUACACCAGCCUCGUCGACUUGUUCCGCAUGCUCCUCUUCUAUGUCGACCUGCAGCACACUCUAUCGUUCUAG